GCGGUUUUGUCGGCGGAACGUCACUUCCCAGGGAAGUCCUAAACUUUUCCAUCCGUGCAGCAGGCUGCAUCGCGAGGAGGAGGAGAUGGUAGAAGAGGAGGAGGCGCUUUUGGGAUCGCCUCGGCUCCUUGCCAAGGCGGUAGGGCACAUUUUUGAACCGCGGUGGCGUACGGUGACAACCGUUUUUUGUUGUUGUUGCUGUUGUUGUUUUUUUCACGACUGGAAACGCAGUCGCUGAAAAGUUCACCAGACAUUCACAUCUACCACGGAGGAGGAAACCCCAAAAGGCCACGGGACCGAUGCGUGGAACCUAACGCGCCCGCGCGCUUUGAGCCCCGACUGCGGCGCGGUGGAGCGACCUGAACCUUCCUGUUUCUGAAGUAGAAGGUAAAACCCGGAGCUUCUGCUUCGUGUUUCCUCUCAGGCCGGAGGUUCGGGGAGGAGAUGAGUGCUCAGGAUGGGACUGUGCCUCGGUACCGAAGUCACAGAGGAGCAGAAGAAGGCGAGGACACACAGUGCCGAGAUAGACCGAGACCUGUACGAGUACGCCAAGCGCGAGAUGAAUGUGGUUAAAGUCCUCCUGCUAGGUGCAGCAGAGAGCGGUAAAAGCACCUUGGUCAAACAGAUGAAGAUCAUUCACAGUCAUGGAUUCACCAAGCAAGAGCUCUCCAGUUUCAAGCCUGCAGUGCUCGACAACCUCCUGACCUCCAUGAAGUUUGUGCUGCAUGGCAUGGGCCUCCUCCGCAUCAACCUGGGCAACACCAGGAACAAGGUCCACGCCCAUUCUGUCCUGUCAUGCGGGCGCUGCUUCGACGAAGACAAGGUGCUGUUUCCUUUCCUCGGUCACGCCCUGUCCUGUCUGCUGGCCGACCAGGGGGUGAGGGCGGCGGCGGCCCGGGGCUACGAGUACGAGCUCAACGACUCGGCCCUGUAUUUCUUUGAGAACCUGACCCGCAUCACGUCUCCAGAUUACGUGCCCACGGAAACGGACGUCCUGCGAGUACGAUUGAGGACGACAGGCGUGAUCGAGACGCAGUUCAAAGUCAACCAUCUCGUUUUCAGGAUGUACGACGUUGGAGGCCAGAGAACUGAGCGGAGGAAGUGGAUUGGUUGUUUCGAGGAUGUCAGGGCGGUCCUGUUCGUGGUGGCGCUGAGCGGUUACGACAUGACCCUGGUGGAAGAACCCUCCGUGAAUCGUCUUCAGGAGAGCAUGAAGCUCUUCUCCUCCAUCUGCAACAACAUUUACUUCCGCAGCACAUCCAUGAUUCUAUUCAUGAACAAGAUAGACCUUUUUCAAGACAAGAUUUUACAUUCUGGGCGACAUCUGCGUUUAUACCUGCCACAGUUCAAAGGUGCAGACUGCGACGUGGACUCGUCAGCCCGCUUCAUCGCCGCCACCUUCGUCUCGCUCAACGGCGCCCCCAGCAAACUCAUCUACCACCACUUCACCACGGCCACAGACACCUCCAACGUCGAGGUCGUCUUCGAGGUGGUCAUGGACACGAUAAUCAAAGAGAAUCUGGAAGCCGUGUCUCUCCUGUAACUACCAGAGUGGGUCCGACACGUCUCAUUUUCAACGACGUGAAGAUCAUGAGCUCCAAACACUUGUUUUUUCUCUGCAGGUGCAGCCUGGAGCUCGGACACGCUUGUCCUCUGAUGCUUGAUUCUUGGGGGGCUGAACCCUAAAACAAUGACUUUUGAAACCUUGCGUUGAGGCAUUUAUUCUUUGUACUGUACUACAAAAUCAGACUAUGAAUGGUGAAGUUACACUUGGAGGACUCGUUACGUGCUGUUUAUUCAUGUGUGUGUUUGUGGGCGGGCCGGACAGAGAGGGGGUGAUGAUUUAGUGUUUGUUCGUUUCGUCCUCGGUGCAGGGUGCACUCGUGCAUACUCAUUGUGUCCUUUCUGCUCAUCCAUCACGGUGUCUGUGUACGCCCCAUGCGUCACACCCUGCUAAUGAGGCGGUGAUCACUUUGUCAAAGCCCCAAGUUUGUGUUUAACGUAUCCUCUCACACUCUGUUCAUUGUUAUCUGUGCCUCCACUCACUUGUUUUUAAAUAUUAGAAAUAGGUAAACCGUACGUAGGUAAACCUCCCUGAAGCUACCCACUUGUGUUUGCAUGUUGAUGAUGUUUCAUUGUCUUACACACACACACACUCUCUCGAUCCUGCAUGAUUUGCAAACCAGGACGAUGCUUCCUAUAUGUGUAUUGUGUGGGACUUUGCCAGAGUCGGAUUGAUUUGAAGGCUCCCCAGAGCAAAUCACUGUGACUCCAGUAAUAAUCAAGAUGUGGUAAUGACUGAUAUGCUCUGAUAUAAAUACUGAAGAUGAAAGGAAAAAGACCCCCUAGGUGCCUUAUGAUGAAGUGGUUUUGCUGUUGUGUAAUUUGACUUCAUAUGUAUGAAUAUUUUCCCUUCUCUUGUUUUCUCCACUUUUGGAAGAAUUGUCUAUAACUCCAUACUGUCACUCUGAUAUGGGGUUUGUCGUACUUUGCUUUGUACUGAAACUGCAGGUUUAAAAAAAAAAACGUUUAGCAAUUCAAGUCAGUGGUGGAUCACUUAUUUAUAAGACAAAUUAAAUCCACACAAAGGUUUACCAGUGUUUGUUCUUUUUUAAUAGAUAAAAUAAAUAAAAGUACUUUACAGGAAAUCUGCUUUGCAGUCAACUGGACGUUUAAUACAUUUUGCAAUGGAGGGUCUGUGGUUAAACAGUAAAUAUGGAAAGUUAUCUGAUGGUUUUAACAAAUACCUCUCGCACUUUUCUGUCUACACAACCAAAGUAAAACGGAACAAUGCUUGAAUAUUCCUUUUUUUU